AUGAAAUCAAUCACGGGUUUAGCUCCACCGGAACUUGCCAUGUCCGAGCAAGAUAGAGACCUGUUGCGCGAGCUUGCUGAAACGCUUGCAGUGCACAACAUUCAACAGUACAACACGCUGCUCAAGACAAAGGAUGGUCUUGCCGACAACCGCUGCUGGAAAGAGUUGCGAUGCAAGGAUGGUAUGCAUAUUUACCGGGAGCGCAGCCAUCACCACGGCAUCCCAUCAACGCCAUCGCUAUUGCUUCUUGGCACAGUGGAGGGUACGCUGGAGGAUGUCAUGUACGGUACUGUAACCACGACGGACGAGGCUAUUCGCAUCAAGUCCACCUGCAUCCAGGACGGUGUCAUUGAUAGCAAGGUGCUGCACGAACUCGUGCGGCCCACGAUGGAGAACCCGUUUCACCACGUCAGCGUCAAAUGGCGUCUAUAUAAAAACCAGCGUGACUACGUGUCGUUGGAUACCUCGGGCAUUGCGCACUCGGUCAAGCGCGAGCAGAUCGGGUACAAUAUUUCGCACUCUGUCGCUUUUGCGCAGAUCCCGGGCAUGGAGGACACGCACGGCAUUGAGCGAGGCAACAUGUCAGUGUGCUCGUUAUACCUUCAGAAGACCCCAACAACUGUCGAGUGCUAUGUUCGCGGCUUCUUCGAUUUCCAUACCCAGAAUGAGAUGGUUAAUACCAUGUCGCUCCAGGCUAUCGCGACGCAGUGGGCUUCCUUUGCACGGAAACGCAGUUGUGCGUUGAUGAAGAAGUUGGUGUGGCGAAUGCGCAAGAGCUCGGGCUGUACGACGUCAUUGUCCCUGGAUGGAGAUCGGGUAUCAUUUACGCAGCAGCCACCAGCACCCAUUCCAGGUAGAUGUGCCGUGUGUUCAAGGAGCUUUGGUUUUUUAGGCACAAAGUACAAAACAUGCAAGAGUUGCUUGCGUCAAGUAUGUUCGCGAUGCUGCUCCAAACAGCUCGUGUGUGUCAUGGCUCCAGAUCAACGCUCUGUGCUUGAGAAGAAGCGAAUCUUUUGCUCUACCUGUCUCGCAGAUGCUGCCAAUAGCGAUGCGCUUGAAGUGGCACGAGAGGAGCUGGCAAGUUCGAAAGCUUACCAUGAAGCAUGCAUGGCUAAGGCUCAAAAUAUGGUGCCGUCGUCCAGGUUGAGUUUAGUGCAGGGUGCUGUCUCCCGUCGCAGCCAGAUCAACAGUCCAUGUCAGAUUGGCAGGAAAAUCUUAGCCUAA